UCUGGCAACCCUGGCUGUAGUCUCCUUCGUCGCUUCCUUGCUCAGCUUUCUCUUGACGGGCAACGUGGAAAGAUGGUGCUUGAUUUGGACCACUUCAGGACCGAUAAAGGGGGUGAUCCCGAACUCAUCAGAGAGACACAGAGGAAGAGGUUUAAAGAUGUGACCCUUGUAGAUAAACUCAUCGCUGCAGAUACAGAAUGGAGAAAAUGCCGCUUUACGGCAGACAACCUCAACAAGAUGAAGAAUCUCUGCAGCAAAAGCAUCGGCGAGAAGAUGAAGAAAAAGGAACCGGUCGGGGAGGACGACUCUGUACCGGAAGUCGCCCAGAACGUCGAGGCUCUGACAGCUGAAACUUUAUCGGCGCUGACGGUGACCCAGAUCAAGGCGGUGCGGGUGCUGGUGGAGGAGGCGGUGCAGCGGGCCGACGUCGACCGGCUGAAGUUGGAGGCGGAGCGUUUCGACUACCUCCGCGAGAUCGGCAACCUGCUCCACCCGUCCGUCCCCAUCAGCAACGACGAGGACGCAGACAACAAGGUGGAGCGGACCUGGGGUGACUGCAGCGUGCAGAAGAAGUACUCCCACGUGGACCUGGUGGUCAUGAUCGACGGCUUCGACGGGGAGAAGGGCGCCAUCGUGGCCGGGAGCCGGGGAUACUUCCUGAAGGGACCCUUGGUGUUCCUCGAACAGGCUCUCAUCAACUACGCCCUGAGGAUGCUCCACGCCAAGCAGUACACGCCGCUGUACACGCCGUUCUUCAUGAGGAAGGAGGUGAUGCAGGAGGUGGCCCAGCUCAGCCAGUUUGACGACGAGCUCUACAAGGUGAUCGGCAAGGGCAGCGAGAAGUCGGACGACAACUCGGUGGACGAGAAGUACCUGAUCGCCACGUCGGAGCAGCCCAUCGCCGCCUUCCUGCGCGACGAGUGGCUGAAGCCCGAGGACCUGCCGCUGCGCUACGCCGGCUUCUCCACCUGCUUCCGGCAGGAAGUGGGCUCCCACGGCCGGGACACGCGCGGCAUCUUCCGCGUGCACCAGUUCGAGAAGAUCGAGCAGUUCAUCUACGCCUCCCCGCACGACGACAAGUCCUGGGAGACGUUUGACGAGAUGAUCGGCACCGCGGAGGAGUUCUACCAGUCGCUGGGGAUUCCUUACCGAAUUGUCAACAUUGUUUCUGGUGCCUUGAACCACGCAGCCAGUAAGAAGCUGGACCUGGAGGCCUGGCUUCCAGGCUCGGCGGCCUUCAGGGAGCUGGUGUCGUGCUCCAACUGCCUGGACUACCAGGCCCGCCGCCUCCGCAUCCGCUUCGGGCAGACCAAGAAGAUGAUGGACAAGGCCGAAUACGUGCACAUGCUCAACGCCACCAUGUGCGCCACCACCCGCGUGAUGUGCGCCAUCCUGGAGAACUACCAGACGGAGGAGGGCAUCGUCAUCCCAGAGCCCCUCCGUGCCUUCAUGCCGCCUGACAUGGCCGAGAUGAUCCGCUUCGUGAAGCCGGCCCCCAUCGACCAGGAGACCACCAAGAAGGCCAAGAAGCAGGAGGGGGGCAAGAAGAAGAAGCAGGACCCCCAGGACCUGCCCGCCGGCGUGGAGAGCAUGUCCGUCAAUGACUCAUAAGACCCCCGCCUUUCACCACCAACCACCACCAACCCUCCUCCUCCUCCUCCUCUUCUUCAUCUUCCUCUCGUUGGAGGAGGACAGAGUAGAACCCCCCCCCCACACACACACACACUGGCCCGACGUUGUACCAUGUCAGCCGUUCUUCUGAGGAGACCACUGUGAACUCCUCCAUGAGUUCAUUGGUGCCGUCAGGGGAUGCAAAGAGGGCUCUACUCUGUCCUACUCCUUCGAUACUUUGCUCGCUCGUCUCAAGACGCCAUCUAUAUAUAUCUAUGAUUGAUGCAUUGACACGUCUGUAAUUGCUAGUAUAUAUAAAUAUUAUUAAGCAUUAAAGGUGGAUCCUGAUAAAUACAUUAAAGAUAAAUGGUGGAUCAAUUAACCUAUUA